CCAUUAUGUGCGCAUUCCUGUCUUAAAACCUGUCAUAGCCCAUUUGCCAGCUCUCAUCAAUCAUCUUCAUCAUUCAGUCCCUUUCUCUCUGUCUCCUCUCCACAUCUCCGUUUUUUUCUCAAUGGGUUCUUCUUCAGACGACGAAGGGGAGGAGUACUUGUUCAAGAUCGUCAUAAUCGGCGACUCCGCCGUUGGUAAAUCCAACUUGCUCUCCCGCUACGCCAGAAAUGAGUUCAACAUGCACUCCAAGGCCACCAUUGGGGUUGAGUUCCAGACGCAGUCCCUCGAAAUCGACGGCAAGGAAGUCAAGGCUCAGAUUUGGGACACCGCCGGACAGGAGAGGUUCCGAGCCGUCACAUCCGCCUACUACCGCGGCGCGUUUGGCGCACUUGUCGUCUAUGACAUCAGCAGAAGGUCAACUUUCGAGAGUAUUCCCCGAUGGCUUGAUGAGCUCAAGACUCAUUCUGAUACAACUGUUGCAAAAAUGCUUGUGGGGAAUAAGUGCGACUUGGAGAAUAUCAGGGAUGUAAGCGUGGAGGAAGGCAAAAGCCUUGCAGAAUCGGAAGGAUUGUUUUUCAUGGAAACGUCUGCCUUGGAUUCGACAAAUGUUAAAAAGGCUUUUGAAAUUGUCAUACGCGAGAUCUAUAAUAACGUAAGCAGGAAGGUCUUGAAUUCCGACUCUUACAAGGCAGAAUUAUCAGUCAACAGGGUGUCCCUUGUCAAUGACGGUGCUGAUGGAUCAAAGCAAACGGGAGGAUCCUACUCUUGCUGUUCCAGGUGACACAAUCGAUUCAAAGACAAACUUACAAGAGGCAUUGGCAUUUUCUUAUGGUUGGUUUAUUUAUCUGAUUUUUUCUUUUCUAUUUGUUGCUUCAUUAUUUUUUAGAAUGGGAUUUUAUAAUUUAUCAAAAUACGAAUUUUAAUACUUUAAAGAUAGUAAAUUGUGGUCAUGCUAAGGGAAGUUCUAAACCGAAACUUCUUCUGGAAGUGUAAAUUAUAUACUAUUGAGUAUUAUUUGCUUUGUUUUAUGA